AUGCACGCGAUGAGUGAUCCUGCAGCGUUAGCUGGCAUGCUUCCUUUUGACUCUAUUGGACUGUACGAGCAGCCGAAACCGAGGUUUAUAUUUAAGAUGCCCCGCGUAGUUCCUGACCAAAAAGGCAAAUUUGAAUCAGAUGAUCUCUUCAAAAGACUGAGCAGAGAAAGUGAGGUACGAUACACCGGGUACCGUGACAGGCCCCCGGAGGAGCGGCAGAUGAGAUUCACGAGCGGCUGCCGGGAGGGUCACACAGAAAUCGCCUUCACCGCUACCGGCACAAACCUACAACUCAUGUUCGACCACUCGCCAUAUAACAACAGAGGCUGCGACUUUCAGAAGGAAAACGGAAAGGCUCAUAUUGUAUCCCGCUUCAUUAUGAACGGCGUGUGCGUCCGAUGGCGGGGUUGGAUCGAUCUGGAGCGACUGGACGGUGCCGGAUGUCUGGAGCUGGAUGAAGAACGCGCUGCUAUUGAAGACGCUGCGUUGCGCGAACAGAUAGAACGCUACAACCAGAGGCUACGCGACUUCGAGGAUAAGCAGCGCGCAUACCGUGAGCAUGGCGACGAGCUGCGCGCUCAUUCGCACGCACACGCGCAGCGGUGCCAUCAAGGCCGGCCUUCACACGCUGCGCAUGCUCCCCACCCGCACCCAGCUCACCCUGUUCAUAUAAAACCUCAUUCACAGGGCGCUCUCAUCUCCUAA